AAACAGUUCCUUUCAGCUAUUAAACAACCUUUUCGGCUAGUUUUAAUAACUUUUGCUUUAUUUCGAUUUCCGUUUUUUCACAUCACCGAUCAUUUUUAGCCGCUUCCCACAGGUUUUAACGUCAUUAUUUCUCCACCAGACAAUUGUUAGCCUCAUUUCCAUAAUCUGCCACCACCAUACCACUACUUUUUAUACAUCCUCACGUAGUUUUUUCGAAAUUUUCCCGAAUUUCUCCACCCUUUAACGUGUUUUGGCGGCAACACAACCACCUAACCUUUAUGCACAUCGUUAUCUACCUACACUAUUUCAUCACGGGAUCAACAUAACCCAGCUCCAACCAACCCCUUUUCGCCUCUUUUCACACCAGAUCUCCAUUUGCUUUCUACUUCACCUUUAUCUCUCCCCACAUAUUUUUAUAUUCAUUUUCAUUUCAGCCUCAUGUUACACUUUCGACCUUCUAGUACCAUGUCACCCGCACAACACCCCCACAACGACCCCAUUAAGUUUUAUUUACAUUCCCUCCGCAGACAUGCCUUCGCCCUAGCCAGAUUACGCUCCCAUAUUCUAUUUUCUCAGGCUUGUCUGACAUUUGGCAUUACCCCCAAAGGCCUCACACUUAAAGUUCCCAUCUCUGGCUGCAACCCUUCCUUCCAUCAGUCCCUAUACCAGUUCCAAACUGAACAGUCCAUUGCCCUCACCCACCUAAUCCUUCACCUACACAUCAACUCAGCCAAUGAACACACCCGUCAACUCCUAUCCUUAAUAAAAGUCCUUAAUCUUUCCUCUCCCACAUCCACACCGGCUGUUCAGAGCAUCCUCCUACAGGCCAACCGUAAAUUAGAACAGCAUGCCACCCUCCACCUCAAAAAACUAUCCAAUCUCCUGGUUUCCCACCUCCGGAAAGGCAACUCACUCACCCUUCACAACCUUUCCAGCAAACCUCAACCUCCUCUCAUUGCACACAAACCCAGUCUCUCCCAUCUACUCAAUCUCCCUCUUCCAGCUCCACUCCUUCCAAAACCUCAAAAUUCCUUUCAACACAAUCUGGAACCACAACACCCUAAUUCAGUAGUUAACCUUUCCUCCAAACCUCUCUCCCAAUCCGAACCUCUGUCCUAUCCAAAGGCCUCACCUUCAGCCCCACUCCCAGAUUCAACCAAACAGCCCUCGUCAAAGAUUUACUGUCCUACACCCGUACUCUCUGCUGGAAAUAUCACUUUGCCACGAAGAAAAAUGAUCCUAAUCCUACUCCUAAUGAUCCAACUCCCCAAGACACCAUCCAAAUUGAACCCUGCCUGGAACAGUUCCGUCCUCCGUCACAGCGGGACCCCACCUCCUCUUCCUCAAAAUCACCCUCUCCAAACCUUCCAGGAAUUUCUGACUUCCAGCCUUGCAUCUCAAUCCUUCUUAAAAACCCUUAAUCCUACACCCAACAUCACCACUGCUGAAGCCCAGGCUAUCCGUGAUCUGAAGGCUGACCGAUCCAUCGUCAUUCUUCCGGCGGACAAGGGUUCCACGACCGUGGUACUUGAUCGUCGGGAGUAUGUGGCUGAGGGACUGCGUCAGCUUUCAGACAACACCACAUACAAAGUUUGCCAAGGUAACCCCAUUCCCGAUGUCCAGGCGGAGCUUCAAGGAAUCCUCAGAACCUUAGGCCCCCUGCAAAACCUUUCACCUGACUCCAUCAACCUCCUGACCCCACCGACACCCCGCACCCCAAACUUCUACCUUCUUCCUAAAAUCCACAAACCCAAUCAUCCCGGCCGCCCCAUUGUAGCUGAUUACCAAGCCCCCACAGAACGUAUCUCUGCCUACGUAGAUCAACACCUUCAACCCAUUACAUGCAGUCUCCCAUCCUUCAUCAAAGACACCAACCACUUCCUUGAACGCCUGGAAUCCUUACCCAAUCUGUUACCCCCGGAAACCAUCCUUGUAACCAUUGAUGCCACUUCCUUAUACACAAAUAUUCCGCACGUCCAGGGCCUCGCUGCGAUGGAGCAUUUCCUUUCACGCCGAUCACCUGCCACCCUACCUAAAACCUCUUUCCUCAUCACCUUAGCCAGCUUCAUCCUGACCCACAACUUCUUCACUUUUGAAGGCCAGACAUACCAACAAUUAAAGGGAACAGCCAUGGGUACCAGGAUGGCCCCCUCGUACGCCAACCUAUUCAUGGGUCGCUUAGAGGAAGCCUUCUUGGUUACCCAGGUCUGCCAACCCAAAGUUUGGUACAGAUUUAUUGAUGACAUCAUCAUGAUCUGGACUCACAGUGAAGAAGAACUCCAGAAUUUCCUCUCCAACCUCAACUCCUUUGGUUCCAUCAGAUUCACCUGGUCCUACUCCAAAUCCCAUGCCACUUUCCUUGACGUUGACCUCCACCUGUCCAAUGGCCAACUUCACAUGUCCGUCCACAUCAAACCCACCAACAAGCAACAGUACCUCCAUUAUGACAGCUGCCACCCAUUCCACAUCAAACGGUCCCUUCCCUACAGCCUAGGUCUUCGUGGCAAACGAAUCUGCUCCAGUCCGGAAUCCCUGAAACAUUACACCAACAACCUAACAACAGCUUUCGCAUCCCGCAACUACCCUCCCGGCCUGGUACAGAAGCAAAUAACCAGAGCCACUUCCUCAUCCCCUCAAACCCAGAAUCCCCCACAGAAGAACCACAAAAGUGCCCCACUUGUGACAGGAUACUUUCCGGGACUGGACCAGACUCUGAAUGUGGCUCUCCAGCAGGGAUACGACUUCCUCAAAUCCUGUCCUGAAAUGAGAUCCAUCCUUCAUGAAAUCCUCCCCACUCCGCCAAGAGUGUCUUUCCGCCGUCCACCUAACCUUCGUAACCUGUUAGUUCAUCCCUAUGAAAUCCCCAAACCACCUUCCCUACCCUCUGGCUCCUAUCCUUGUAACCGCCCCCGGUGCAAAACCUGUCCCAUGCACCCUCCCACCACCACCCACUCCAGUCCUGUAACCCGGAAGGUGUACACGAUCAAAGGCAGAGCCACGUGUGAAAGCACCCACGUGAUUUACCAACUGACCUGCCUACACUGUGAUGCAUUCUAUGUGGGAAUGACCAGCAACAAACUGUCCAUUCGCAUGAAUGGACACAGGCAGACAGUGUUUGUUGGUAAUGAGGAUCACCCUGUGGCUAAACAUGCCUUGGUGCACAGCCAGCACAUCUUGGCACAGUGUUACACCGUCCGGGUUAUCUGGAUACUUCCCACCAACACCAACCUAUCCGAACUCCGGAGAUGGGAACUUGCCCUUCAGUAUAUCCUCUCUUCUCGUUAUCCGCCAGGCCUCAAUCUCCGCUAAUUUCAAGUUGCCGCCACUCAUACCUCACCUGUCUUUCAACAACUUCUUUGCCUCUACUCUUCCACCUCGACUGACAUCUCUGCCCAAACUCUUUGUCUUUAAAUAUGUCUGCUUGUGUGUGUAUGUGUGGAUGGAUAUGUGUGUGUGUGCGAGUGUAUACCUGUCCUUUUUUCCCCCUAAGAGCAGCCAUUCACUGAAAUUGGGAAGAGGGCAAGUGAUCAUGUUUUUAAAC